AUGAUAUCUGCCUUGCAGCAUCCCCAUCUCGUGAAGCUGUAUGGUUGUUGUAUUGAAGGAAAUCAGUUGUUGUUAGUAUAUGAAUACUUGGAAAACAAUAGCCUUGCUCGGGCUCUUUUUGGUCGUGAUGAACACCAGAUUAAACUGGACUGGCAAACAAGAAAGAAAAUAUUGUUAGGUAUUGCAAAGGGAUUAGCUUAUCUUCAUGAAGAGUCAAGGCUGAAGAUUGUACACAGAGACAUAAAGGCAACUAAUGUGCUGCUUGAUAAGGAUCUAAAUGCCAAGAUAUCUGACUUUGGUUUAGCUAAACUGGACGAAGAAGAAAACACUCAUAUUAGCACGCGGAUUGCUGGGACAAUAGGUUAUAUGGCUCCAGAAUAUGCUAUGAGGGGUUACUUGACAGAUAAAGCAGAUGUUUACAGCUUUGGGGUUGUUGUUUUAGAAAUUGUCAGUGGGAAGAGCAACACGAAUUACAGGCCGAAGGAGGAGUUUGUUUAUCUUCUUGAUUGGGCCUAUGUCCUGCAAGAGCAAGGAAACCUUCUAGAGCUUGUGGAUCCAAGCCUUGGUUCAAACUACUCAAAAAUAGAGGCAUUGAGGAUGCUUAACUUGGCUCUCUUGUGCACCAACCCAUCUCCCACUUUAAGGCCAUCAAUGUCUUCUGCAGUGAAGAUGCUUGAGGGACAAAUUCCAGUCCAAGCUCCGAUAGUCAAGCGCAGUACCAUGAACCAGGAUGCAAGGUUCAAAGCCUUUGAGCUUCUCUCACAUGAUAGCCAAACAUACGUCUCAAAUGGAUCUCAAAACAGUCAGAUACAGAAGAGCAUAUCAAUGGAUGGACCGUGGAUCGAUUCUGAAUUUUCUAUCGAAAGUAAGGAUGAGAUCAUAGAUUCCUCAUCGACCAAGCUUCUUAAGGAUCUUUACGACGUCAACUUAGAUUGA